CCUCAUCCUCACAGUGUGUCGCCCUCUCCUCAAUCCUCAUCCACUCCUGCCCUGUUUCCUCGGCGGCAUCGCAUCCUCUGCCCAAGCCUUCCGCACCCGUUAUGCACUCAGUUCCAUCCGGAGCUCCCAACGCUACCCAGAUCGAGUCCCCUCUCUUUAGAUCCGGUUCCCUUGUUCCUCUUCUAGUCUUCCUCUUACAGCUCUCGUCCCCGUUCCGGCAUGUCUGGUGGCGGCAGGUGCCCGAGGCGUCACCGGUGGAGCCGCCGCCGAUGGAGCCGCCGCCGGCAUGAGGGUGGCGUCAAGAUAUGCGAUGCUGAGGAUGGUGUGGAGUGUGUCGUGAAGCCGGGCGAUGUUGGGAUCCAAAGUGAUGCCAAAGACUCCAUCUGUGUGCGUGACCGCCGUACCGUAUGGAGUCGCCUGCGCGUCAACGCCGAAGGCAUCCCGUAUGUGCUCGACUCCGAGGAUGAAGACUCUAGAAUGGAGGUUGACGCGGACGGCGUAGCGGUGACUGCCAAAGGUGCCGCGACCGCAAAUGGCGCGGGUCAGUCCUUGGACAAACCUCCGAUGGCUGGUACCGAGGCUGCCGGCGAGGAUUUGCCCCUCGGCCCUACGGUGGUGUCUCCAGAUGACGCUUCCAGAAUAACGGUGGCCCCUGAAGUGGCUGCACGUUUGAAGGAGGUGCUUGCUAACAUGGAUCCCAUCUACCAUGAGGUCUUCAUCAGCAUGUACAAGAUUAUGAAGCGAUUGAGUGGCGAAGUCAAGCCAACUACACAACUACCUGAUCAUAACAUAGAACCCACACGUUCUGAGAGGUCCACAACACAUUACUCCUGACUUUAUAUUACAGCAAACAGCACAUGACUUUGUAUUACACCAGCACCUACAUACGCAUGACUUAUAUUACAUCACUACCAAAAUGUUCAUGAUUCUAUAUUACAUCAGCAGCUACAUGUGGGUCAUCAUGUGCAUGAUUUUGUCCCAAGGAUGCGACCACAUCCUCAUAUAGUUGUCGGUCACAACUAAGUGUUUUAGGUAGCAUGCCUAGUGCCUCCAGCUUGUCUUUGUCCAUGUGAGGAAUUUUGUAUCUGUUUCCUCCUCCAUCUUUCAUUAUCUCAAUCAUACACCCUUGAAGUGUGAGGAACACUCUAUUCAAAGUAUCUGCAUCAUAGUAUCAAACUCUUUUUUUGACAUUCUGAAUUAGGUCAUCUAAGUUCCUAGAUACCUUUUCAUAGUCUUUGGAUUGUAGAGAAGCAAAUAAUCCCAAGUCGAGUACAUUCAAAUCUGGUGAAUUUGCAGGUUUGUUGAUGAGUCGUAUGUCUAGACCUGUUUGUGCCACAGCCGUAGCAAAUUCUUCGUCAUCUACUGGUACAUGUGAAGGGGCAUUGUCUUGCUGAAUCCAUAUAGUUUGUCCUCUCAGUUCUUGUGGCCACCGUUGAACAAUAGCUUUAGAACUUUACCAAUCAAAUAUGACCUCAUAGUUUUUCGAUCUACAUUAAUAGGCUUAGUGACUUCGGUCCCUCUUCCCCUAUUACGGCUUCUUCUCUUUGCUUGUUCCUGGAGUCAAUGAAGACUUUUAAGGAUCAAAAGUGUUAUCACAAAGUGAUGUAACAAAGUGAAAUAAGUUGGUGUCGUACCUUUCUAACAAAUGCCCACACUCCUAUCUUCCCAUCAAAGAUGCAAUUACCUUCAUCAUCGUAUAUAGGUCUUCCUAGGGUCGUCAAGAACAUAACUUUGCCAAUAAGAUUCUUGUUUUGCACUGUCCUAUGUGGAUCGUCCUCUCCUGGGAGCAUAUAAUAUUUCCUGUACUUUGAAGUGUUGUUGUACCACUUCUCGUCCAUGUGGAUGAUGUUUUCCAUUGACCUGAACUUGGGUUCAUGUGGUAGUGUCCGGGGAUCUAACAUGGAAAGACACCAUUUGAGCCUGUCUCUUUUGGUUUCCUCCGUCAAUAGAGGCUUCAGUGUGCUAGAAUGACGCCGUAGCAGCCCUUUCUUGAACCACCUAUGCAUAGUGCUCCUUUUAACACCAAUGGCUUUUGCUAGAGAUCGAAUAGUGCUUCUGCUAUGCAACGGAACACUAAGAACCUCAGAUAGGUCUAUUUGCGCCUUUUUGCAGCCACUUCUCUUAGGCUUCCUUGAUCUAACAUCAACUGAAAUUUCUUGGGCACGACAUUCUUUUGCUCGCUGCCAAAUACGUUGCACUUUAUACCUGCUCACCUGGAACAUUUGUGCUACUAUAGUUGUAGUGUUCCUUUUUAGUCUUUCACGAGCACUUCUCUCAAGCAAUGCUGCAUAGAUUUGCUGUCGUUGAGUUUCUGUCAAAUUUUUUUUGGACUGAUGUCCAUUGUUUUCAAUUGCAUGGUGGUCCUCUUCAACAUCCGAGUCAUCCAACUCCUCUUCAUCAAAUAUUAUGUCCAUAGUGUCAGCAUCAACAGCAUAGUCAUGCAUGUCCUCCAUCAUGCCUGCUAUGUACACAAGAAUUAAAUGGUGAGUUCGGGAGCAAUUUGGUGCAGAUUUGUAAGUGUUAAUUUUGUUUUUGUAAGCAUCUAGGCCC